GCGGCGAAGACACCCUGAGAAAAGUCCGUGUUUGACCGGAGAUGUGCCGUUUUUAACUCGCAGCCAUGGGCACCGUUCUCAGCUUUUCGCCUCGCGAGAGACGCCCUGUAUACACGACCAGUUCGAACGCGGAUUUCACGCUGAACAACUUCUCGUACGAGCAGCUGAACAAUGUGAAGAAUCGCGAGAACAAGCAGAACGUGAACCUGUCCAACUCGAACAAUCACAACUUGAACUGCAACAACAUAAACAAUUGCAGCAAUGACAACGCCAGGAUCAUUUCGGAAAAGAACGCGCUGGAAAAGAACCUCAAGAAGCACAGUCUGUUCAUAAACAUGCUGUCCUGGAAAAGGUUCUCAACCGAGUACAACAACAAGAAGAAACUAGACAACAAAAACAAGAAUGUGACCGUGUACAAGCAACCAAUAGUAGACAACAUACAUCCAGUGAUCGACAAGAACAAGAACAUCCAGCAGCAGAAACAGAGUUCGUAUUAUUCCACCUCCAAGUCAUCGUCGACCAUCGCCCUGGAUAUCGUCAGAGUCAACAACCAGAACAACAAUACCAAUCACCAUGCGAACUGUGAUAAGCUGUCGAAUAAGCAGAGUUUACUCAGCCAACACCCUCUAAACAACCAGAACCAAGUUGUGCCAGUAGCAGCCCCUAAGAAAACAGUCAUCCAGGCGUCCACCUCAGAAUUGUUGAAAUGCCUGGGACUAUUCCUCCACGCCAAAUGUUUUAAAUUGAGGGACUUCCAAGCUGGGGAUGCUGUAAUGUGGCUGAGGACGGUUGACAGGAGUCUCCUGCUUCAGGGAUGGCAGGAUGUGGCUUUCAUCAACCCAGCAAACGUCGUGUUCGUGUAUAUGCUAGUGAGGGAGCUAGUGGAAGAAGACAUAGACUGCGAGCGAGACCUCCAAGCAGUCGUCCUGACCUGCCUCUACCUCUCCUACUCCUACAUGGGCAACGAGAUCUCAUACCCUCUCAAACCCUUCCUCGUGGAAGGCUCCAGGGAGAAAUUCUGGGACCGUUGCCUGGACAUAGUCAACAGGCUGUCCACCAACAUGCUCAGGAUAAACGCUGAGCCGGGCUACUUCACGGAAAUAUUCACCGAGCUCAAGGCGUGCGGCGUUGCCAACUCGGUGUCGAACAGCAUGGCAACCAUGGGUUGCCAAACGGUACCAGUGGUACCGUGCCACGCGGGCGGUACCACCGCGGCUUGACAUAAAGACGUCGGUACUGUGGUUAAGUUGACGCUGGCAGAAAUGCCGACCAUUCCGUGCGAAGUAUAGGGUGAAUUUUUAGGGAAAAAAAUGGAGGGUGAGUUUGAAUCUGGUAGUGGAGAUCUUUGGGUUCAGGAUGAAUGUAAUGUGGGGAUGGGUGCAUAGAAAUAUCGAAUCUUGUGACAUGAGAAUUGACAUGUUCUUUGCUAUCGAGAUGAUUAGAGAUCUGCCACACUGUAUAUGAAAUUAGAGUUGAAAUUUGUCGUUACUCCACGAAUGAUAAAGUAUCGUUUUUUGUGGUACUUGUUAAUUCUUUUACAUCAAGAAAACAAGUUAUCUAAAAGAAGUGAGUGAAGUUGGUCUUUCCUUCAUAACAUAACAUAAAUUUUUC